GAGACUUUAGAGAUGAAUUCAAGGGGACCCCACUUGGUAUUUCAUAGUCAUCAAAAGUUAUUUAACUAGUUGUGCUAAGCUUUUGUUGUUUUCAUUUUGAUCAGUGUAUGCACUUGUUGUCCAACUCAAAACCCAAGUGGCUUGUAUUUCCUUAAAUCUCCUAGAUUUCAGCUUGUUAUUCCCACAAUCAUGUGAUUAAACAAAAUGGCUCUAUUGGUUUUGAAAUUUUGAUCCACCAUGUUUCUUUUUGGUUACAUCGUCAUUGUUAUCUAAAUAGCAUAACUGGUGCCUCCCACUGCCCGUACAUAUUGCUUCUCUCUUUUGUGGGGAUUCACUGUAUUGUUUGUAGAUGACAACACAUUUUUAAGGAGCAUGCUUGAUGUUUGUUUUGUGUUCAAUGUGUAAAGUGCUUUAACUAACCAGCUGUGAAAGCUUGUCGGUUGUAUAGUCUACACAUGUCCUUCUCCGAAAGCAUUGUAUCAAGGCACUGAGGUAGACAAAAUCAUCGGUUUGGCCAAACCACUACUCUCAUCUUCCAUUGGUGGAUCUUGUUUCUCUCUAAUAGAAAACCAUUUGCUUUUGAGUUUCAUCUUUGCUGCUCCUUCUGUCAAUCUCAAAUAGACACUUUUGACAAACCUCCAAUUAAAAUGCUUUACUUCCUUAUAUCUUUUGUCUCCUUUGUCAUUCUUUCAAAGUCCUUUACCAGUAGGCCACUCUCAGCAGGGGAGAGUGGGACAAAACUAGUGUCGACCGGGUUUUGGGGGAAUCUAUUAACUUUGCUAGUUUCUAGGCUCAGGAAAGGAAACACUGCUUUUAGUUUUUCUCAGUUUUCUCUUGGCAUGCCAUUGAAAAAGAAGAGUUUAGUAUCUAAAGUUGAGAAUGGAGAAGAAGAAGGCAAGGUUUCUCUCUUGGAUUUGCCUGAUUUGCCAUUGGAGUGUAUCCUUGAGCACCUUUCACCAGCUGAAUUAUGUGGUGUGGCAACAGUGUGCACAUCUCUCAGGGAUAGAUGUCGAAGUGAUUAUUUAUGGGAGAAACACAUGAAGAGGAAAUGGGGUAAAGUGAUUGGUGAUGCUGCUGAUAGACAAUGGGAAUGGCAUGUAGCUUCAAGAAACAGAGAGAAGAUCUUCAAUCAGCAAAAUCAGAAAGGAAUAUUUGCUUUCCUUCAUGGUUUUCGACCCUUCAGAUGGAUUAUAUCAAUAUCAGAAAACGACAGGCAAUCAAGAAGCUUAUUACCAGAAGAUUCAAUCAUGGCUCGAUAUCUUUCUCUUGAGAGUGGGAAAUUGUGGUUCCCAGCUCAAGUCUAUAACCGUGAGAAUGGUCAUGCUGGGUUCAUGCUCUCAUGUUAUGAUGCCCAACUUUGCUAUGACUCUCGAACUGACACAUUUCAAGCAAGGUACUCACCUCAUGGGAGAUUGACAACUGAGGAAAACAUAAAAUGGGACCGGCUGAGAGUGCCACCAAUUGACUCUUCUCCACAUGUUCUUCAUAUAUCUGACUGUUUGGACGACUUAAGACCUGGAGAUCAUAUUGAGAUCCAGUGGAGAAGAAACAGAGAGUUCCCUUAUGGUUGGUGGUAUGGUGUCAUUGGUCAUUUGGAACCAUGUCAAGGGCAUGGAAACCAUUGCCAUUGUCACAAUAAUGAAACGGUGAUUUUGGAGUUCACCCAGUACAGUGCUGAUUCCAGAUGGAGACAAGCCAUGAUAAGCAGGAAGCAUCAUAGAGAACAAGGAAAUGAAAUAGAUGGCUUUUAUGGGGGAAUCAGGAAGCUGCAUAGCAAGGAGGAGAUUGCUAGGUGGAAGAACCUCUGGCCAACCAAAACUGUGGAAUAGCAUGAUUGUUAGUUUGGAACUUUGUAAAUUAAGCAGUCCCCCUUCCUAAAAUUGUGAAGGUGUGGAGGAUUAGUUUGUCAAAGAAUGGUGUCGUUCCUGACAAAAGGUAUAAACUUUGAAAGACUACAUUGGAUGAAUUUUCAGAGACUGUGUGUAACAUUUGUACAACAACAUAAAAAUAGUGUAUAGUUACAGUUUUGUUACUAGCUUUGCUCGUUUUUUUGUCUUUU